AUGAAGCUCGCCGCUAGCCUUAAACGUAUGUUCCGCUCCAAGUCCAAAGCAUCCGUCUCAAGAUCUGAACCUUCUUCCUUCAGCUCUGAUGCCUCUUCCUCUUCCUACGACGUUGACCUCAAGCCAGGCCCCGCCGCUACACCCGUAAGUGUUCUCCCACAAAGCUCCGGUGACUUUUACACCGAGUUGGUCCAAGCGUUUAAGCUCAUAGACCGAGAUGACGAUGGUGUGGUUUCAAGAAAAGAUCUAGCGGCGCUUCUUAGCAGGCUCAGCCCUGAGCCUCCGAGUCCUGAAGAGGUGAGCAUGAUGCUUAGAGAAGUAGACGACGCUGAAGGUUGUAUAAGCCUCGAGGAGCUAGCUAGCCGCGUCGCGGGAACAUCAUCUGGUGAAGUGUGUAUAGAGAAGGAGGAGAUGAGAGAGGUGUUUGAGUUUUUUGACGCGGACCGUGACGGGAGAAUCUCGGCGGAGGAGUUGCUUAGAGUGUUUGGAGUUAUUGGAGAUGAGCGGUGCACGUUAGAAGAGUGUGUGCGUAUGAUAGCGACUGUUGAUGGUAACGGUGAUGGUUUUGUUCGUUUCGAUGACUUUUGCCGUAUGAUGGAGAUUCAGGCUCCAGCGAUGAAUGAUCAUCAUUGAGUCAUGUUGUAUGAUUGAAUGAUAAUGACAUCGUGCCAUGCUCUUUCUCUUUUGCUUUGUUUACAUAUUAUUUUAUAUUUACUGUAAUUUUUAUGUUUUGCGGUGGGUUUUAAAUUUCGUGACGGUAAGCAAUUAAAUUAGCAACCGUCGGUUAAAUCAGAUGUCUCUCUAAAAUUGCUUAAACUUUGCACAUGUGUCACUCUCCCGGUGGUUGAAAGAGUUUAUUCAUCUUAUAAUUAUAUAAUACGAGGACGAC